GAAGCCGCGUUGUCGAUAUCAUUAUCGCAGUAAAAAAAACGGAAAAAAUAUAAAUGAAAGUAAAAAGAAUUCGCCGGUAGAAACAGUAGAUAAGAGGAGAAUGCCGGAUACUUCGAAAUUAGUGAAUCUCGUGACUGGAGUUUCGCGAACUCGGUUGAGAGAAGCUCGGAUCGUAGAAUCAAAGAGCAUUGGCGGAUGUAUAGGAGAGACGGUGGUAGAACAACCGAGGGCCGGCUUCGCUCAUCGUGCGUGUGAGCGUGUCUAACGUCCCGGAUAGUUCAUUUCAAUAACUGAUCGUCUUUCGUCGAGAGAACACCUCGCAUAACCUAGCUAGCUGCUUGCGUUUUUUUUCCCGCGCGCGUGUGUGUGUGCGUGCGUAUGAAAAAGACAGAGAAACCGCGAGGAACAUUUCACAAGCCCGCGUAUGAGGAGGCAAUAAAAAAGUGGAAAAAAAACGCGUGAACAAGUGUUAUAUAGUGCGUGUCUGGCCGCUGGCCCGGGCCAUGACAAAAGGUGGCAUCACUGCCCCCGCCGUCGCAAGUUAAAGCAUAAAGUGUGUUUUCGUCAAUGUCGCGAAAUCCGCGCAACUAUGUAGUUAUCGUCUGUAUUCAACAUUUACCAGGAGUUUUCAAGUGUAACAUGUAAUUUAGUUCUGUGACUAAUAUUCGAAAGAGCGGAGGUGUGAUUAUCAAAACCACAUAUAAGAUCAACGACAACAAAAAAAAAGGGAACAACACUUUUGACUGAAUGUUUCUCGUGCCUCGUUCUCGACGUCGUCGUCGUCGUCGUCGCGGUCGUCCGACUAUGACGCCAUUUUAACUAACCUUUUCGGCGGCGUACAUCGCCGACGAGACAAAAAAAAGAAUUAUAAAAACCGUGAAUACUCGCCAGUCGUAUCGGUGCGAUCGGCUUUCCUCGAUUCCGAACAAAGGAUAUCGUUUUAGACUCCUGACCAACGAUUGUCAACGUUAAAGUUUGGAGAAAAAGUAUAAAAUACCCAGAAACAGACGUCGCCACGACAUUGUGUCGUAAUCUCGCGUACAGGAAUCGUUAUUCGAGAAUUCAACGUUAUACGAGUACAACGACGCGAGGAAUCAAACUGUGCCGAGCUGCAGAAGCGCUAUUAUGGAAGAUGAGGAUGUCGAGGGUCGAAACGCAGAUGUCAGGAAGAGCACGGAAGAUAGAAAAGAAGAUUUGGGCAACGAGGAGACAGCGGAGGGGAAGGAGACAAAGCCGGAUACAUCGUCGGGUUUGGGUAUAGCGACGGAGAGUGGGAAGGAAGAGGCAAAGGUUAAAGAGAAUGAGGAAAAGAAUUGCGUCGAGAGGAAUUUGGAGAAUUCACCCUUGCGGAAUAAUGUCGGAGGUGAGAGUCCGAGAACGAAAGUGACUUUUAAGGGUUUGAAAAAGCGAAUUCUCGGCCAAACACGGUUGAAUCAAACGUCAGUGACGAAUAAUCGUUCGACAGGAAAAAAGAGGAGGGAAAAGAGGUCGAUAUCAACGAGUAUUACGCGGGAAGUGAAAAGAGGAAAAAUCACUGAGUACGCUCAAUAUCUCGGUCUUCAACCUGCUUCGAACAAGACAAAUUGCGCAACUUGUCGAGGAACGACAACGACUAAUUCGUGCGAUCCAUCGAUGCUCAACCAAUGCACCUGCCCCCCAGGUAUAAUGACGCAAUCGACGGGAUACCCGUCGCCGGGAACCUCGGAUUCGUGCUCGAGCAAUCCAGCCACGACGACGCCCGCGACGGCUCAAAAUUCUGCGAAUAAUUUUCGUAUUACGCGCAAGGUUUAUUUGUGCGCGGCUUGCGGCACGUACUUUGAAAAUUGGAAUUUGUUUUUGCACAUGAGAGAGAUACACAAGCGUCACAUAUGCCUAUUUUGCCUUGGUAUGUUCGGUCAAGCUGAGCGGCUCUCUUAUCAUUUGACGAAGAAGCACAACGUACCUGAGACGACAUUCACAUCGGUCGAGGAUUUUUACAACGUCUUCAAAGGAUCGUGUUACUUGAUUUGUUGUACGUGCGAAAAAGUAUUCGCUGAGACUGAUAAUUUUUACAAUCACUUUUGUUCACCGGUGCAAAAAGGACGCGGUACAGUUGCCAGUGAAAUUUGCACGUUUUGUCGUCAGAGCGUGAACAAUCAUUCGAGCAUGUGCACCGGUGGGCAAACGGAGACUCGAGAAUCGUCGCAAACGACAAACGUCGUUUCACCGGGAGUUCCAAGCGUCCCGGGGAAACCCGUGGACGCGAAAAGCCUGGCACGGUCGAAUAAACGUCUUCUCAAGAACAACAGGCUAAAACACAACGAUUUUUCCGCUCUGACCUCUUAUCAACAAAGAAUGGCGAUGCUGUACGCAAAAAAGCCGAUAAUAAGAGCCCCGGAACCGCCUGCAGCAGCAGCAGCAACAGCAGCAGCAGCAGAAAUCGUUGAGGAUUCGUCAACGUUCGGGAACUUUGAAACCGGAAAAACGACGACGACUCCGAUCCCCGCAACGACCGCGUCGCCGACUCCAAUCCCAACAACUCCGUCGAUCAACGCGACAAGCUCCGAUGCGAUGAGCGCGCUGAGAGACACAGUUUCCGAAACGAUAAUGGAAGUCUCCAAAUGCACCGAUGAAUCUCGAUUAAAAGAAAUGCUGAACGAGCCCUGCGUUCGGAGCGGCGUUAUCGAGGUCAACAGCUCGACGAUCAAAAUCGUCUCGUCCCCCUCGCCCUCCUUCUCGUCCUCCUCGCUGUCUUCGCCAAUUCGACAACAGAACGAGCCUGGCGGAUGUUACGACAGCGUAACCGAGACCAUAAUGGAAGUAUCGCGCUGUCACAACGCCAUGGAAAGCAGCGAAGACGAGGACGACGAUAAAGAAGAUUCGCACAAUCGUUUCGGGAGAAACGAGACGAGCAGUCGCGACAGCGACGCCGACGCCCUGGUAAUGGACGAGCCGGGGCUCAGCGACAACGAGGAAGCCCCCAGUAUCGACCAGCACUACGAUGACAGAUUGAAGAACUCGUUAAAGACCGGUACGACGAACGAGAGGCGGCGAAAAAGACGAAAAACAAUGCACAGGCGGAACGAGGAGAACGCUCGAGCCUGCGAUACCGACGAGACUUCCAGUGGCAGCGAUAACGAAGCUGCCAGUCCAAAUCACGAGUCUCCUAACACAGCCUCGAGUAUAUUUCGGUCGAGGCAGCAGCACGAGGCUGAACGGGAACGUAGUAUUUCUCAAUCGAGCACUUCCCCUGAAAAAGAAUCUCAAGCGACUUCGGUCUCGUUCACAACGGUCAACACGACCGACCGUAGUUUAGUCAUUAAAAUCUGUACAAAUAGAAACGCGAGGUUCUCCGUUUCGAGGAGUACCGCCAACGGCAAUAACGAGAGUCACGACACCAGUCGAGAGUCCGAGGAGAACAACAACGCCGAGGACUCUGCGUCUGAGAGCAAAUUUUCCAAUCACUCGGAGCGCGGGGAUCGAGAUAGUGUAAAUAGUCACGAGGAGGAGGAAGAGGAGGAAGAAGGGGAGGAAGGGGGAGACGAGGACGAGGGGCAGAGCGACAACAACAGCGUCAAACUGUCGAUCGACGAUACGAAACAAGUCGAAGAUGAACCGAAACUUUCCGCGGAUAAUAUACCCCCGGAGAGUAGCGAUUCCGUUCCAGUCGAGAACGCUCAAACACCGAAACCCGAAGCAACGGAGAAUUCCACGGAGGACAUUCGAUUCAGCGGAGAGAAAAUCAGCGAAGAAGCCGAAACGAUGGAGACGAAGCGAGAGGACGAGGAAAAAGAGGAAAAAACGAUAAAAUCGAGCCUCGAAGUCGAGACCGAUGGAAUAAUCCUCGCCUCCGAGGACGUCCCCAGCAUUGAUUUAAACGUCGAAGGAAUCCUCGAAUCCAUGGAAAUCGAAGACCUCCUCAAACGCUGCAUAAGCGCAGCGAGCGGCUAUUGCGUUUACUGUAAUCACGCCCGUCACAUCGCUGUAAACGGCAAACAAUUGGGUCUCCACGUACUUGCGGAGCAUCGUUUUCAGCCGCAACAUCCCGCUAUAAUAAUACAACGCGAACAGUUGAUCGUUCUACUGAAAAAAUCGUUGAACGAGGUCGAAACUAAAUUCUUCAAUCUCGACUCUUACGACAGCACAAACGGCACUUACCACAUCGCAGCGCCACGAAUUUUCGAGUGCUUUCAUUGUAGAUAUCACAGUCUCGUGCACAAGGAAAUUUACCUCCAUAAUCGUAAGAUGCAUCAAAAAACUAUUCUCAUCUGCAUCAUGUGCAAAUCGACGUUUUACAGCUACAGCGAACUUCUUUGCCAUCUUUGUCCCGGUGUUUACUCGCCGAAUAUAAACGUCACGUACAGAUGUUGCCUGUGCCCCGUGACGAAUUUACCCUCGGCUUUUCGUCUGAUGGUCCACUUGCGGAAGCGGCAUCACUCGUGCGACGUUUGCCUCGAAUCGACCGGAAAUCAGCAGCGUCUUUCGAACCACGUUUGGAAACACAAGCUCCAUCAUCUCUGUUAUCGUUGCGGUAUCGCUUAUCGGAAUAAGCCCGACAUAACGAAGCACUUGUUCUGGAAGCACGGGACUGAGAGCGUACUUUGUAAAAAGUGUUUGCAGAAAAAGUGGCCUCACGUUUAUCACUUUUGCAUACCGCCGACCGCGUUCGUGUGCGAAGAAUGUACUUCCUCCUUCACGAGGGCGGUCGCUCUCAAAGUCCACAAAAGAUUGCACUCCGGUGAUCGGCCCUACGGUUGCAGCGAGUGCGACGAACGUUUCAUUUCGAAAAAACUCGCAACAAAACACGAAACGAGGCAUCGGGAGCCGGAGAUCGUUCAACCGGAAGUUGCGGAUAAAGAGAAAAACGGAACGGCCACGAAUGAGGAAUUCGCCUCGGACAAGGGGCUCGUGGAAAGCUUGAAAGAGGAAACGACGAAAGCUGAACCGGCGAUCCUGACGACAGAAGCUGCUACGAGCCCGACAACGGGAAUCGCGACGGCCAUGGAAACAACGACGAGCUCGGGCACGACUGCGACUCCCGAAGGAAGUGAAAACGCGCCUGCCCCGGUCAGCGAAACCAAAGAGCCCAAAGAACCGGUCAAGAAAGUCGUCGACGUUUACGACCUGCCGCCACUCAAUCUUUCCUCCGACAGUGACAGCGACGUCGAAGAAACCCCAGCUCCGGAAGUUGCCGCGAAAGAUCGUGCGGAUGGAAUCGCCGAGGAGCAAUCAAGAAGCGAAGCAAAGACGAACGAGGCGCUUGGCGAACCGGGGUGGAAUUCCAGCGCUCCCGGGGACCCGAGCGACCGCGUCGUCGACGUGGAACUCAACGAGGAAGAGAAGGAGGAAGAAGCCCAGAUAAUGGACGGUAUUUGGGACAAUUUCAAAUCCUACGCUGCCAGCCUCGAACAGCGCGAGGCGAUUGGCGACGAGAAAAAGGAGGAGGAGCUGAGUCGCGAGGAUUUGUGUAAAAUAAUCCUAGCCGAUCACGAUUAUUGCGUCGUUUACACGGACAAAAGCGGCGAUGAGGAGGCCAAAGAGGAGGACGAUCCCACGAAGAACGAGGACAACGCUAGCACGAUGGAAGGCGAGCAUGAUUAUGGCCACAAAGUAGCUAAAAGCCCUUCGAACACGAGCGUCGUAUUGAAUUGCGACAGUGACACGAACACCGCAGCGCUCACCGGGACCAAGAGGAAGAAAGAAAAGUCACCAAAGAAAAAGCUCAGCAACGAUUCUUCGAGCGAGUCAUCGAGCGACAGCGAUUCGAGCAGUUGUUCCUGCGGCACUAACUGCAGCUGCAGCAGUUCCUCGACCGGAAGUUCCUCCAGCUCGAGCAGCAGUUCCGAUUCCGAUAGUUCCGCCUCGGAGAGCUCGCCGAAGAAACAAUCCGCGAGGAAAGAACGUCGCCGGGACAAAGAGAAGGAGGAUAAAGAAGUCGGGGCUCCAACGUCCGUGGAAAAUGCGAAAAACGACGCGACCAAAGUCGAGUCACCGGAGGAAAAGGUCGAGGAAAGGUUGAACGUCGAGGAGGAGACCGAGCGCAAAGUAAACGUCGAGGAGCCGGGCGAACCCCACGUCGAAGUGAACGAUCGUCCUGCCAGCCCUCAAUUAAUAUUCCGAGAAUCCGACCUUGAGACCGACGAAACCGAAACCGACGAAGACUUUUACGACGAACAUCCUCAGCAGCUCGCUAAUAAACUGCUCGCCGAAAAGAGGAACCAACUGAUGUUACUCGCCACCGUUGCACCUCCGGUGACCGACACAACGAUCCUCCAUCAACCUGUUGCCGAGAGCCUCAACAACGGAAUCCUGGAGCCAGCGAUCGGGGGCGUUAAUUCCGUCGAAACUGUGCUCAACACGAGCGUCGAAGACGAUGAAAACGGAGCGGCUCUAGCAGCGGUAACGCCAGUACCAACAGCGACGUCAACGGCGUCGAGAAAACGCGUAAAAAUGAAGAAAAGAAGAAAAACCGAGCGCCCUAAAACGACGAAGCCAGUAGCCCCAGCGUCGACGCCAGUAGCCGCACCAACGCCGCCGCCGACCGUCGAGUCGAUCAAAUUGAACAUUCCAAAAUCUUUUUACGAUAAGAAACCUAAAAAAUUCGGCUCCAAGGCGGCCCCGUUGAUAACGGUCGUACCCAGUCGUUCCUCGACCCCAUCGUCGAUGAUGAAUUCCUCGCAGCAUUCCGAACCGGGACCUAAGUUAUUAAAUGACAAAGCAGGAAGAUUGAGUUUGGGUGGGAGCGGCUCGGAGAACGAGAACAAAAGAUCCUCCAAGAGAAAACGGGUGCCCAAGAGAUUCUACGGCGAUUCGAGCGAGGACGAAGCGACGCAUCAGCACCAUCAUGAGCCCCAGCAACAGCAUUACACCCAGCCGAACCUUAAAUGGCGGAAGGUCGAACAGCCCUCCCCGGUCGUACCAUCCGUGACGAUAAAAGCCCCGGUGCAGCAGCAGCAGCAACAACAACGAGUCGUAACGAGCCCUCUCGUCGUCCCACCGAGCAACGCGAACUACGCAACGAAAAGCGUGACUCUGCGACUCUCGGGGUUUGAUCGUCCCAUGGAAAGGAUCGUACCGAUCGUCACCGGGCCCUCAGAAUCCGAGGAACAAGCCGAAAGUUCGAGCGCCGAAUCGAGCGAAGCUGAGGAACGGAGCGUCGUCGAGGCUCCGAGACCGAGCCAUCCACCGGCUCCGGUCCCGCAUCUCGUUGUGCCAAACUCGACUCAUAUCCCACCGAGCAUCGCCCCCGCUCCCGGCGUCGCCGGCGGCCCCGAACGCUCGGUAAAUCUCUACUGCUAUUGUCAGUGCCCCUACGACGAAGUAUCCGAAAUGAUCGCCUGCGACGGUAACGACUGUCGCAUCGAGUGGUUCCACUUCGAAUGCGUCGGAAUAAUGGUACCCCCCAAAGGCAAAUGGUACUGUCCCGAUUGUCGGAAAAAAGACUCGAGUCUCGUCAACGACGAUUUUCUCGAAUAAUAUUUUAAACGCGAUUCCCGUGUGCUUCGAUUUAUCAAAUAAUUGAACUUUAAUUAAAUUUAUUGAUAAAAGGAGGCGGCGUCGAAAUAACGACAAAUUCAGAGACAUUUGGAGUGAUAGAAAUGCGCUUUUUAGAUAUACAUACACAAAUUACUAUGUUUCAAGGGAGAAGUAAGAGCAAGUGAUGAUCGAUCGAUAACCGAGUUGAGGAAAGCACUGUUCGAGUCUUUCGUAUGCUAAUUAAAUAUGAUUCAGUGGCUAUUAAAUACUCGAUAAGCCCCUCUCACCGCACUCGGUUCUAAAUUCGUUGCUAAAACUUCGUUUCGCACUAGUUCCUCCCUCGUUGUUUUCAUCGUUUUAUUAUUAUUCUCAUUCUCAAUCGAGGACGUGAUAAAUAAUAAGAAUAAACAAAAUAACACAAAUGAGUAAACAACACACUGUUUGUAAAUACGUGUAAAUAAGGAGAAACUAAGCAAGGGACUCGCGAAUCGCAAAGUCGGCCUCUCCGAUACGAUCAAACCUUCGAAUCGUUGUAGAUUCAAUAUCGCGCUCUACGUUUCAGAUAUAUUAUUCUAAGAGGAUGAAAUAUGUGCGGUCCCAUGAUUUAGAGUUUGUAACGAAAUGAAGAUAAGAUUUAUCCUCGUGUAAAUUUGUUUGUAUCUUUAAAGGAAGAAGAAAAACAAAGAUCAAUGGAACUAAAAAAUCGAACGACCGAGAUUUGUAGUAUUCAAUUGUUUUUUUUCAAUGGUGAGAAAAGAGAUUAACGAUAAACGACGUAUGAUUUUGAGCGACGACGAUGCUGCGUUCGUUAUUUGAAAACUGCACGCGCGCGCCAUACCUGCGAGAUGGCCUCGCGCAGUUGAAACCUUGCGUCACACGUUUUCUUUCUCAUUCUAUGUUUUUCUUUUCGUUCUUCGCAUCCUUCGGCAUACGGAGUUUGAGAAAUUCGACGGUUACAUUUUCGUUUUAACCGCUCGGACGCACUGCUGGCAGUGUAAGCGCCUGCAUUUCCCUUUGUUCGCAUUGUCUCUUGUUUCUCUCGCUAAAUCCUGCCCCGCGAGAGAACAUUUCCAUUCGAGAACCAUUUUAAAGUGACUUUUCAACAAAACAUAGUAUUUUAUUCCAUUUUAUUUCAGUUUGAAAGGUUUAAACGUUUGAAAUUUUAUAUAAAAAACGAACAAUGAUGAAUUUCAAGAUUUUGGACUCUGCCUCAUUCUAACGAGACUCGCGACUCCGCCAACCAUGUUUCAAGUCCAACGAAAAUAAUCCUUUCUCAGAGUGCACGGCGCUUUCGAAAUACCAAAUAAAAUUAUGAUUAAACGAUAAAUUGACGAAAAACAAAAUAAAAGCUUUCGCUCGUUGUCAUCAUUUUUGGGUAAAAUAAUUUUAGGGAAUAAAAAUAAGAAGCUUAUACGCUGUAAGAGAGGGAAGAGCCGAGAAUUAACCCGUUGUAAUAGAGAAUUUGAAUUUUUUAAAUUUCUUUUAGGGUUAUUCAGUUGAUGAAUAAACGAAACAAAAAAAACCUGCAAAUAAGAUAAACACGAAGAGGAGUGUGUUGGGCGGCUGAAAGGAAGCAAGUUUUGUAGAUAAACCAUUAAACUGCCUUCGAUCGUUCA